GGUAGCUAAAUAGAAAUUUUAAAAAGUGCCAUCGACAAAAAUGGGCAAAUUUACUUAGUAGCAAUACAGGUAAUCACUUUUUGCCUUUAUUCGAAUAACGCGCGAAAAAAAUAAACAAAAACCGUCAGAAAAGUUUAAAUAUGAAUUUAAGUAAUUUCCACGAAAUAACUGCACGGAAAUAUGAAAAACACUUAUCAAUCUUUGGUAGUAAAGUUUUAAAAGUUUUGGUUGAGCAAAACACCAAAGAUGACUUUCUUAACUACAGAAAUCGUCUUAACAGAAACAGUACACGUCGAUAUUCUUAUAUCGAGUCCUCCAACGAAAAUAAUGUUAUCGAUUUCAUAAAUUAUAAUUCGAGCACCGAGUGCCCCAAUCUUCAAAACUCAGUCGAUUUGACCGUUAGAAAUACUAUAUCAUUUGAAACUCCAUCAAUACAUAAAUCAAAUGAACUUGUUAAAUGUGUACGCGAAGAUAGGCGUCUUGAAAUAACUAAGCAAAAAUUUACUUUAAAUUCACCUUACAAUGACAUCGUACCAGUUCCGUCUGUUAGCACUUUAUUAAACACUAUAGAUGACGAAGUACUUAUCCAGGAUAGCAAAACUUCAGAUGAUGCCGGGGAAGUAUUGUGGGAGAAUAUGUUUGAUACUGAAUUACUACUGGAUAUUAACAAUACAGAAAAUGAUAGUUGUAAAAAUUAUAGAAAGACAUCGAAACUGUUCGAAACAGGGUUCCCUGAUAAACCGGUAGAAAAUAAAAACAGCAAAGAACGCGGAACUACAAUUUCGAAAAAAAGGGUAAAAAAUCGUCCCGGUGGUAUUGAAGACGUCUUACCAAAAAAGGUAAAAAAAGUUCCCGAACUCAGCAAAGUAGUCAAACCGAAUUUUCGAAAGCAAAAGUAUUCUAAGAAAGUUAAGAAAUGGCUAAAUGAUGUCGAUCCAGCUAAUCCAGUAGAUGAUACAGAGGUGGCAAAGGAUGCCACCACGCGUGACAAUGAACCAGAACAGGAUACCGCAAUGAAACAGGACAAUUCUAUAGAAAUAACAGCUACAAAGAUCAUAGAGGGAAGUAAAACUAAAAAGACUGUACAAGCGCAAUUAACGAAUCAGAAUGGCGUUAUGAAAUAUUGCAAACCCAAAAAUGUAAACGAAAUAAGUAACGAUGAUAAAAGAAAAUCUUUAAUAGAAAAUAGUAGUACUAAAGAAAAAAGUGUAAAGUCUAAAUUUAUUCCCCCGAUUAAAUCCCAAAUUCUUGUUAAAGAGAUUACUUACGAGAUAGCAACAUUUGAAAAUGAACCUUCUAAUAAUUUCUUAAAUUUCUUUGAAUAUAGUGACGAAGAAAUAAUUGUAACUCUUAUUUAUAGAAAUGGCUUUUGUCAAUUAAAUAAUCAGCACACCGAAGAUGUGGAAGUCGUGGAGGGAAUAAUGUUUCUUGCUAACGAUAAAUAUUAUCAUAUUACAAAUGCUUUACAAAAUUAUAGAGAUACGUUACAGACAUUUAUGAAUAAAAAUUCUUGGGUUUGUUACGAAGGGAAACAUGUUAUUACAUAUUUAGUAAAUAAAUUUGGGAUUUCAAUCGACGUGAGCAAUUCAAAAUUUCUUGAUGUAAAGGUCGGUGGGAGCCUUCUAGACCCCGACAAUCCACCCAAUAACUUUACAGAAUUACAAAGAGUGAUAGGUUACGUGCCGGAGUUUACCAUAGCGACUGAGUGCUGCCUGCAGAAGGCGGCCUGGUACCUGGCGCUGUUGCACAACUGUUGGCAGAGACUCCGGCAAUCGCUGCUCGAUCAAGGCCUGUGGAAGGUCUUUGUAGAUAUCGAAAUGCGAGUUUUACCUAUCAUUUCAGAGAUGGAGAGAGUGGGCGUGUGCGUCAACAUGGAGAAGCUGCAAGUAAUGGAGCGGGCGUUGUGUGAGCGCGUGAGGUCGGCCGAGCUGGCGUGCCACCGCGCGGCCGGCCGCGUCUUCCAGCUCACCUCCGCGCCGCAGGUCCGCGCCCUCCUCUACGACGAGCUGCAACUCCACUCCCACUGCAACCUCAACAUCCGGGAGACCAUCCGCAAGGGAGCUAAAUCCACAUCCGAGGCGAUGCUUCGAAGUUUGAUGUACAAACACCCGCUGCCCAAACUGAUCCUGGAGUACCGGCACCUGCAGAAGGCUCACAGCACCUUCCUGCUGGGGAUAGCGCAGUGCGUGCACGAUGGACUCGUCAGACCUGUGUGGGAGCAGAACGCGGCUGCCACGGGCCGCAUCGCCUGCAACUCUCCCAACCUGCAGGCCGUGCCCAAAACACCCUUCAACCUCACUUUGUUUCGCGAGGACGACGCCGCACACGAGGAGGAAGCCCUGAACCUGCGGUCGGUGUACGAGAGCCGCUCGGGCUGGCGGCUGGUGGCGGCGGACUUCCGGCAGGUGGAGUGCCGCGUGUUGGCGCUGGCGGCCGGGGACGUCCAGCUGCUGGACGCGCUGCGCUCCCCCGACCUCUUCACGCUGCUCGCCGCCACCUGGCUCGGCAAGGAGGAGGCGGCCGUGAGCGGCGAGGAGCGCGAGCGCACGAAACGCGUCGUGUACGCCAGCAUGUACGGCGCCGGCGCCAACAAGCUCGCCGACGUGCUCGGCCUCGGCUACGAGCGCGCGCUCGAGGUCGCCGCCAGCUUCGACCGUCAGUGUCGCUCUCUACCGAUUGUUCUACCGAACAGCACGAUGUGCGGCGAGCUGACGGUCGUUAUCUCAGGCGCGUUCCCGUCGCUGAGGAGGUUCGGGCGCGAGGUGGUGGCGCGGUGCGAGCGGGACGGCACGCUGCGCACGCCCUGCGGCAGAGCGAGACACUUCCCGGACAUCGCGAGCGGGAACGCGGGCGCCCGGGCGCGGGCCGCGAGGAGAGCCGUCAACUUUGUCGUACAAGGGUCCGCGGCGGACGUGUGCAAGAUGGCGAUGGUGUCGAGCGUGUGCGCGCUGGCGGGGCGGCGGCCGGCGCUGCGGGCGCGCCUGCUGCUGCAGAUACACGACGAGCUGGUGUGGGAGGUGCACCAGGAGGAUCUGCACCGGGCCGCAGGUACGCACCGCUCCCGCGUACUGAAUGUUCACACAGUACACCUGUUAUGUUUUACAGUAAUCACGAUUUCAAGGGUUUCGAAGGUAAUAAGACACUUUUGUUUAAAGCGACAAUUUUUUUAAAGUGUGCCUCUUUUUGGUUUUCAUAUAUUUCGUUGCAAGAGCAACCUAUUCCUUUUUUUUUGGGAGUUUUCUUUUAUCGGAGGAAUGCAAUAAAGUGGUAGUACAUUUUGAUAUAACAGCAGUGAUACAGAGUGCGAUG